AUGUUGGCUUUAGAGUCCUCCCGUCAACAACAGUUCCCGUUCUUCUCGCAUGAUCAACUCGCUCUAGAUCCCGAACUCAUGGAUUCAUACGGGUUUUCCACCAUGCAACAAAACAUGCAGUCCCAGCCUCAAGAUCACCGCCCCUACCCACAACAGAACUUCUAUGAUUCUUCAUCGUCGUGGACUGAACAGACUCCAGACAUGGAAUUCCAACAGAAGCAACAGCACCAACAGAUGCUCUACCCUACUGGUCCUAACUCACCUCCCUCUAUGGCCGCUUCGCACUAUUCCGCUGCUUCCGGUCCUUCUAUUGCCAGUGCUUCUUCCUCAGCCAUGGGCUCUCCUUACUCCGGCGCUGCUCAUACUUUCCAAGAAUCAUGGAUCGACACCGCUAAUGGGUUGCUGGGCAUGCCCAUGAUGAUGCCCGAGAUCGACUACCCCAUGGCCAGCAUGGAGGGAGACUCUACCUUUGGCGCUCCUGCCAAAUUUCCCACAGUCGAUCCUUCCGCAAUUCAUCACCCUAUUCCUACCUCCAUGCCAUAUGAAGACCACCUGGGUCACUCAUCUGGUUUCGUUUCUCCUGCUCAGAUUGGCUCUCCUAUGCCUAGCCACCAAAACCUCGGUUUGGCGCACAUCCCUCAAAUGAACACCUCAUCUCCUUAUCUCGGUGUACAGCACGCCAGAAGCUCUAGCGUCGCAGGCAGUGCCUACGAACGACCAGCAUCCAUCAUCUCUUCUCUCUCCCCUCGCUCGCACCCCAGCCCAGCAGCCAGCAUUACCGACGUAGAGGAUGAAGGUCGCGAGAAACGGCGAUGCCCCUGGCCCGACUGUGGCCGCUCCUUCAAGGAUCUCAAGGCUCACAUGUUGACUCACCAGAGCGAGCGACCCGAAAAAUGCCCCAUCGUCAACUGCGAAUACCACCUGAAGGGCUUCGCGCGCAAAUACGACAAGAACCGACACACCUUGACUCAUUACAAAGGGACAAUGGUGUGUGGAUUCUGCCCUGGAUCCGGAUCAGCAGCUGAAAAGAGCUUCAACCGCGCGGAUGUAUUCAAGCGCCAUCUCAUGUCUGUCCAUGGAGUGGAACAGACUGCGCCCAACUGCCGCAAGAGAAGUCCCACAUCAUCAUCAAUGGAUCAACAAAAGCCUCUCCCCGGAUACAGCGAAGAUGCCACUGGCAAAUGUUCUACUUGUUCCGCCACAUUCAGCAAUGCUCAAGACUUUUACGAGCAUUUGGACGACUGUGUUCUUCGCGUUGUUCAACAGGAAGAGCCCAGUGAGGCAAUCAACCAGAAACGGUUGGCCGAAGUCGCAAAUGAUGAGGACGUCAAGUUGACCAUGGAGAAGCACAAGCUGCAGGAUACAGCUAGCCCCGUGGGCAGUGACGAAUAUAACGAGGAUGAACUUAAUGACGACGCUGACGAUGCUGAUGACGCUGACGAAUCUAAUAUUAACAACCUCCACAAAGAUGGCCGAUCCGGCAAAGGUUCGCUGUCAAAGUCUAACAGCCAAAAAUCAUCAUCGCGAGUUGUCCUAGGAGCCAACAGCGCGAUCUCGAAAAACAACAAGCCUCGUGCCAUCACCCGACGACGUGGGAACAGAAACAGCUACCCUCAAUCAUGGGGCACGCCAGCCGCCAAGAUGAAGACUAAGAAGCGAGUCCUCUGCGCCUACGACGGUCCUCGUCGUCUCUGGAAAGACGAAAUGAUGCUCGACAACGAAUUCGAGGUCCGCGUCGCUCUCCCCGGCGGUGCCGGCGACGGCACAAACCGGAAUGCCUACGUGACUGACCUUGAUGUCGUCAGCCUUAGAAGGAUUGAAGGUGUCUUUAGCGCAACUGAGGAAGAGCGUGGGCCUUGGCUGCCGGACAACUCGAACCGUCUGAUGGGUCAACCGGCUAUGCUUUUGCCGGAGGUCACCCAGGAGGAGUACGGGUUUGACAUCGAUGAAUUGAUGGCAUACAAGGAGCCUUACAACAGGCAAGAUGGCUUGCGUGUUUAG